AUGUUGAUUAAAGCGAAAUGGACCAGGUUUGUGAUCAAUCCAGCACAAACCCAUUUCGACCCACCACUCACCACUCUUCGACAGUUCCUGAAGCAUCAUCCAGGCAGUCAUGGUCUGGAAUAUAUCGAUCGAGCGCUGAAAGGAGCGUCAUUUCGCCAUACUAUUAAAGCAUCUCACGAGACAGUGGCUGAUCUAAAGGGUCCCUUGGGACUCAAUCUACUUCAUACACCGUCAGAACCGCUGAUAGAUCUCAUAUUUGUCCAUGGAUUGGGGGGCGGAUCUAGGAAGACAUGGUCGAAAUCAGAGGAUGCAUACCAUUACUGGCCAAAAGAAUGGCUGCCUCGAGAUCCGGAUUUCAAGAACGUCAGAAUUUUUUCAUUCGGAUACAGAGCAGAUUGGGCGGAAAGAAAUGGGAAUUCGCUUGAUGUUAACGACUUCGCGCAAUCGCUUCUAGGAGAAAUCAACACUUGUCCAGAAAUCCGCAGGAGUAACACAAAAAUUAUUUUUGUUGCUCACAGCAUGGGUGGCUUGGUCAUAAAGAAGACAUAUUUACUGGCUAUAGAAGAUCCUACGAUGCAUGAUCUUGUUCAGCGGGUUGACACCAUGUACUUUCUGGCCACUCCACACCGAGGAUCGAAUCUUGCCACGACACUCAACAAUAUUCUGCGCGUAUCGUUUGGAACCAAGCAAUUUACGACCGACUUAGAGAUGAAUAGUAAGAUGAUAGGCACUAUUAACCAAAGCUUCCGUCACUACUCUGAAAACUUGCAUAUAUGGUCUUUCUAUGAAAAUCAAGAGACGAGUUUCAUAAAUGCAAGAAUUGUCGAGAAAGAAUCUGCGACGCUGGAAUGGCCAAAGGAAAGAAUUGCUUACAUUAAUGCUGAUCAUCGAGGAAUAUGCAAAUUUGAUUUGCCUUCAGACCCUAAUUUUAAGACUCUUAAAAACGCACUUAGUUCGACUGUCGAUCAUGCCACAGCAGAGACUUUGAGGAUCCAGUGCGAGACUACAUCAGCCGAGCGACAUCGUCUUCAUGGCCUAUUAGGUAUCCACGAUGUUCAAGAGGAAGAUCGAAUAGUAGCCCGUGACGCAAGAGUUGAAGGCUCAUGCAAUUGGCUGAUCACGACUCCAAACUUUACCAGCUGGCAAGAUCCUACUUCCGACUCGCCUUCAGUCUAUUGGCUGAGUGGGAAUCCCGCAUCGGGAAAGUCCGUUCUCACUGGACAUGUUAUUGACCAUCUGGAUCAAAGUAAUCUUGCAUAUAGUUACUUUUUUUUCAAGGAUGGAGUGGCUGCUGAUUCAUCGAUUGGCUAUUGUUUGCGUACUCUCGCGUAUCAGAUGGCCUUACAUAGUCCUCAAAUUCGCAAAUUUCUCUUAGACAUGGAAUCAAAUGGCAUUACGAACAACAACAACAACAACGACGAGAUUGUGAUCUGGAACAAAUUAUUUGUGAACGGGAUUCUUCAAAUUGCGAUGAAGGUGCACCAAUAUUGGGUUAUCGAUGCGCUCGAUGAGUGUACGCGUUCCCAAGCUCUUUUUCCUAUGUUAAUCAAGCUCAUUAAUUCUCCCAGAUCUCUGAUUUGGAUCUUCAUUACAAGCCGCCACAGCCAGAUUUUAGAUAAGGGAUUUCUCGGCUUUGGUAAAAGUUUAAUCAGCCAAGAAAUUUUUGCCUCAGAUACGAUGGGAGAUGUCAAACUAUUCUUGGAAGCUCAUAUGGAUAGCCUUCCCUUGGACACGCUCUCAAAACAGGAGGAGUUGACCGAGCGGAUUUUAGCUAUGUCUUCCGGGUCUUUUCUUUGGGUGCGACUUGUCAUGCAAGAACUCUCUGAAAUCUACACCAAAGAAGAUAUUGAGACAGUUCUCUCAGAUAUACCAGCGGAUAUGAAUCAAUUCUAUACAAAAAUUCUGGAAAAUUUGUCAAAAGACCGGAAAGGGGCAAAAUUGGCCAAGAUUAUCUUCAUGUGGGUUGUUUGCUCCUAUCGACAAUUGACUGUUACCGAGAUGCAAUGUGCUCUGAAGCUAGAUUCCAAAAGCACAGUUAACAAUUUACGAAGAGACAUUAACUCUAUCUGCGGACAACUUGUGUUCGUCGAUCAACAGUCACGUAUACACCUAAUCCAUCAAAGUGCCAAAGAUUUUCUCCUACAAAAAGACAUAUGUUCCUAUUUUUUUGUGGACAGAAGGGAAGGACACUAUCGACUUGCUUCUCUGUUCCUUGACAUGUUAAGUAAAGGUUAUAUACGGGCCUUUCGGUUGAAACGAUUUGAAGUAUCGACAUCUUCAGCAAAUCACGAAGCCAUAUUACUUGACUACGCUUGCACUUUCUUCUCUGAGCACCUGUAUCAAGCUCCGUCUUCGCGUGCCGAGCUUUUUCAGAAGCUCCACAAAUUCCUUGACACGAAUGUUUUAUGGUGGAUUAAGACCGUUGCAAGAAUAGGCAAUGUAAACUAUAUAAGCCGUGCCGCCAAAAACAUGAGAGCCUAUCUCGAUCGCCGUCAGAAGUAUUUCCCUCCUAUCGGCGAGGACCUCCGCGAGGUAGAAUUUUGGAUCACAGAUCUUAUUCGCAUCAGCACAAAAUUUCGAAACAUCCUCCUAGCAUCGCCUUCAUCAAUCCAUGGCCAGAUUGCAUGGAUGUGCCAUUCGCAAUCAAUCAUCGCUACAAAACACAAGCAAUUGAAGCAUGGCUUGAAUGUCAUAGGGUUAUCAAGAGUGUACGACACUGCAACAAGUCAAGUUAAAUUUGCCUUUGAUCACGGAGAGAAAGUGAAGUUCCUCACCUUUGAGACCAUAGAUCAAUUGCUUGCAUCCGCCGGAAUACGCUCAAUACAAAUUUGGGAUCUCGAAACAGGCGGGGUGAAGUGUUCAUUCCAGCUCGAUUGUCGAACAAUGGCCCUUAUGUUCACCCCUGCAAACUAUGGAUUAAUAGUGGCAACUUCUGAGAAUUUCAUUUGUUGGUUUGAUGUAUUGAAAGAGAAAGAGAAAGACCGCGUAUUCUGGCAUGAAAUUCAUCUUAAAGGGCGGGAGACAAUCUACCAGCCACCAGCAGAGGUUCUCAUCGCACCAGGUCUAGAGAUGAUAGCAAUUAGCUCCAGAGCAAGCCCUAUACUUCUGUUUGAUCUGUAUAACGAAGUUUUGUGUGGUGAACUUGUCCGAGAUCGAGGGCUUAUGGAAAGUGUAGGCGGUACUUACUAUCACGCAUCAGCCAUGGCUUUCAAUCCGAAUCCCGAUAUCAACUUAUUAGUCGUCUCUUAUGGGGACAGAGAGCUUGUAAUCUUUGACCCAACAACAACUGAGCUCAAGCAUCGUAUACCAGAAGUAAAUGCGCAAACUUUGGCCUGCUCACCUGAUGAAAGAACAUUGGCAACAGGUAGUUCUUUCGGUACGAUUCAGCUCUAUGAAUUUGACGGCACGGAAGAUGCAAAUUUAUCUCUGAUAUACCGAAUCAAUGCAUACGAUGAAGGAAUCCGAUCGCUAGUUUUCAGUGGUGACGGUUUACGUUUCAUUGACAUUCGUGGUUCCCAUUGCAGAGUAUGGGAACCCGCUGCACUUGUGAGGAAGUCAUUGGGUGACGGUAAUAACAGCGAUAUAAGUGCGCCAGCAAAAGCGAUAGUUCAGACUGUGGGAAUGAUCGAAGGAAGCCUGAAGCCUAAUAUAACAGCAAUUGCAGUAGAUUCGAAUGGGGAAUGGGUUUUCUGCGGUAGGCAGGAUGGCUCUGUUGCUGUCUACAAUACGCAAGAUGGCCUCGAGAACACAUGUCUCUACCAACAUGCUACGAAUAUUUCAGUUAACAGAAUUGUGUGGGGAGAUAAUACUCGCAUGCUGGCUACAGCGGACGAGUCUGGUCGUAUGCUUAUACAAAGACUUGUGGAUUCUAGUGAUAUAUGGUCACUGUCUGAAAUGAUUUUCGACUACCGCUUCCCCGAUGCUCUCACAGGGCUAUCGUUCAAUCCUGGGAACAAUAUCCUUCUCAUCACUACUGCCGGCUUCAUGUACAUUUGGACAAGCGAAAGUGGAGGUAUUCAACAUCGUGUGCCCACUGGCCAUAAUCUUGACAAUUACAAGAUAAAUACUCACACCCAAAUACCAGAUGCAUUCAUUGCGUUUUAUCCCAAUUGUGCCCGAAUAUUCGAAUGGGGAAGUUUGGAAGAGAUAUCAGGCCCUGGUGGCAUUAAUCUUGACGUUCCUGACGUGGCGUCAUCCCCAGUGACAAUAACCGAGUCGGUCGAAAGCCAAUACACCCUGGUUACACUGACGAAAAGUCGAUUUGAACAAACACCUUCUCAACUUCGAUGUUGGGACACGUCCAUCAUUGACCGCCACUCGACUACUGUAAAAAAAUUCAACGGACUUGAAUCUCUUGGUCCAUAUAUCUACCACAUCAUUGGUUUGAGCAGCACAGAUUUGUUCUUCUUAGCAACUGAUCUUUGGGUCUGUAGUCUAAAUAUAGAGAAGUUCUGGUUGUCCCCGGAUGUGAAACGCCAUUUCUUCAUUCCAGCCGAUUGGAUUCAUCCUACAGACGAAAUGCAGUUUUACUUGUCAGCUAAGGACGAAUUUAUCUUUGUAAAGAAAAAUGAGCUAGCAAUUAUUAAACGAGGGUUAGAUUCACCACAGAUAAUAAGACCACUGCAAUUUCUACCUGAAAAGAAACUUUUCGGAGCUUGCUAUACCGGAGAUUGA